AUGAAUGCAAAAAAGAAAAAAAAAGUAACAAAUAUAUAUGUAUGUAAGCCGAAUCCAGAUGUGGAAUGGCUGGACAUAAACGGUAGACCAAUUACCACAAAAUCUGAUCGUUUCAAGGUUACAACAGUUGGUCGAUUAACAACACUUACAAUAUUGCGGGUGGGUAAUGAUGUGCAGGGUAGGUACUUGCUCAAAGUUAAAAAUGAACUGGGCGAAGCGAAAUGUGAAAUUCUUGUUGAGGUUCCGGAAUAUCCAACUACACCGGAUCGGCCAAUUCUUGAAAAGCAGAAAUUCAAUUCGGUGAGCUUAAAAUGGAAUGCAAUACCAGAAGCUGCUAGUAAAAAAGUACAAUAUAUCAUUGAAAUGAAUAAGAAUGGCGAGAAAGAAUGGAUUAAAGUAGUGGAAAGUGCUCAACUGAAUGUAACAGUGGAAGAACUUAAGUCAAAUAACACGUAUCGGUUCCGUGUACGAGCCAGUAUUGCUGAUAUUAUCAGUGAACCAUCUGAAGAAUCUGAAUUGUUUUUGGUUGAAUCUAUGAAAUUAGAAAAGACUGAAAGAGAGAAAGAGGAAGCAGAAGAAGAAAAUGAAAAAAUUAAUUAUGAUGAACUUUUUACCAAUGUAAAACCAUCAGACUAUCGUAAUAUCAAUGUGCUACAACUUCCCAAUGAUUUUGAAUCAAAGUACAUACUUUGUGAAAAGAUCGGCGCAGGUACUCACGGUACUAUCUAUCGGGCAAUCGAACGAGCAACGGGUAAAAGUUGGGCAGCAAAAAUGAUAAGUGUAAGUCCUGAUAUGAGCAAAGAAGUGAUAAUGCAUGAAGUGAACAUAAUGAAUGAACUUCAUCACGAGAAAUUGCUUAAUCUUCACGAAGUAUUUGAUUUGGACAAGGAAAUAUGCUUGAUUGAAGAAUUUAUAUCUGGUGGCGAUCUUUACGAUAAAAUAAUCACUGAUGAAGCGCUAAUGUCAGAAGAUGAAGCACGCAAUUUCAUUCGACAAAUUCUUCAAGGUGUACAGCAGAUGCAUAAUAAUGGUAUUGUACACCUUGAUUUAAAGCCAGAGAAUAUAAUGCUUAUUUCAACUGGAAACAAUGAUAUCAAAAUCGUUGAUUUCGGUUUGGCUCAGAAAAUAGACACUAAAGAAAGUGCAACAUUACUGUUUUGUACGGCAGAAUUCUGCCCUCCGGAAGUUAUAAAUAUGGAACCGGUUGGUUUGAGUGCUGAUAUGUGGGCCACUGGUGUGAUUACUUAUGCAUUAUUAUCCGGUGCAUCACCGUUUGUCGGAGCAACAAAUCAGGAAACAAUAGUAAAUGUAUCAUGUAGUGAUUGGCAUUAUAGAGAUACAAUCUGGAAUGAAGUUUCCGAUUUGGCUAAAGAUUUCAUUGCUAAAUUGAUUGUCAAAAAUAAACACGAACGUAUGACAGUGGCUGAGGCACUUGCACAUCCGUGGAUAACAACGCAAAAGUUAAGAACGAAACGUGGAAAAGUACCUUUGAGCAAAAAGAAAGAUUUCUUCAUUCGUAAACAACCCAGUAAUGUGCUCGUACCAAUUGGUAAACUUAUCAAAAUUGGUGCUAUUUUCCGUCAUCAUUCAAUGGAUGGCGCAUUUGAAAGAGCUAUUACGUUUGAGCGAAAUUUUCCGCCACAAUUGCUGAAGGGUUUAGAAGAUAUUGCGGUAAAUAUUGGUGAUUUGAGUGCCUCAUUAAUGUGUGAAAUUGAAGCAUUACCGCAACCAGUGAUUCAAUGGUUCAAAAAUGACAAGGAAAUUUGCAUGGAAGCUAAUAAAUAUGAAAUGAAAUAUGAUGGCUCUAUUGUUAAAUUGAAUAUAAAGAAUGUUGUUGACGCAGAUUCUGGAUUAUAUUCAAUAAUUGCUACAAAUGCGCUGGGCUCUAUUAGAAGUGAAGCUAAGGUAUCAAUAGAGAAAGUAAAAGGGAAGAAACAAGUUAAGAAAAUGAUCCCUAAAGAAACUGACAAAGAAAAGACAAGAGCAAAAUUUGAAUUUAAUCCUAAACUUGCUGACAUAAGCGCAAAAGUUGGCGAUUCAGUAUUACUCUCAGUCGCAAUUAAUUCACAUCCUCAAUCAGAAGUCCAAUGGUUCAGAAAUGAUGAGAUAAUUGAUAUCAAUAAUCCAAGAUUUGUCAUUAAAAAAGACAACGGUCAUCAUAGCUUAAAAAUAAUAUCAUGCGAAAUCACGGAUGCUACAAGAUGGAAAGUCGUGGCGCAAAAUGCCACUGAUCAAUGUGAAAGUGAAUGCAUUAUCAACGUAGAGGUUUCACAUGAUUUAAAAGCUCCCGAAUUUAAGAAAUUGCUUGCAAAUAUUCAAUGUGAAGAAAAUUCAAUGGUGGUUCUUGAAGUAAGUGUACUGGCAAGACCACCACCUGAAAUCACUUGGUAUUUCGGGGAACGUGAAUUGCGUGAAGGAGAGCGCUAUAAAUUACAGUAUGAUGACAAGAAUACAUAUUCGAUUACAAUCCCUAAAACUGCUACUGAAGAUAGUGGAACAUACAAAUGUUGCGCAAAGAAUCUUGCCGGAAUUGCUGAAACGACAUGCACUCUUGUUGUCAACAAAUCACUCACUGAUAAGCGCACUAUAGAAAGUGAUAAAGCACCGAUAUUCCAGAUGGCAUUAAAAGACUGUAAUGUGCUGGAAGGUGACAAAUUGACUCUCGUCUGCGCUGUUACCGGUAUACCAAAUCCUUUAAUUAAAUGGUUCAGAGAUGAUAAAAUACUUAACGAAACUGAUUAUACAAUUAAGUAUGAAAACGGUAUGUGCACACUUACAAUUACUGGAGUAAAGCCAUACGAUGCUGGAAUUUACAAAUGCAUUGCUGAAAAUAUUAAUGGUACUUCAAAAUCAGAAUGCAAAGUGCACAUUGAAAAAGCCAAAACAAUGAACAUAAAACCGUAUUUUGAACAGCCACUAAUCAAUACUGCAACAAAUUCCAAUUCUGAAAUUAUUUUGGAAUGUAAAGUGAUUGGUAAACCUAAGCCAGAAAUAACAUGGUUUAAAAAUGGUGUAAAAUUAUUGCUAGAGAAUCGAAUGUUACAAUAUUUGGAUAGUGAUGGUACUAUACGACUUAAUAUUAUGAAUGCUAGUGCUAAUGAUAACGGUGUAUAUUCAUGUGAAGCAGUAAAUGCAUUUGGAAAAAAUUGCAGCGAAUGUACAGUAGAAAUUACUGAUAAAGAUGCAAGCACAAAAGAACAAAUACAAGAAUCAUUAACUACUAUCGAAGAAGAAUUGAAAGCACCAGUAAUUAUCAAACCACUCGAGGAUAUUGUUGUUUACGAAGGUAGUCAUAAAAUACUUGAAGUUGAAAUUGAAGCUUAUCCAAAGCCUAUGAUCGAAUGGUUCCUAAACUCUAAAAUUAUUGAUGAAAGUUAUGCCAUACAAACUUACUUUGACGGACGCUUGGCGAUUCUUAAAUUCAACGAUGCUCAAAUCGAGCAACAGGGAGAGUAUCGUUGUCGAGCAAUUAAUAAAGGUGGAAGUGCUGAAACAAGGUGUAAUGUUGUAAUUGUUAAAGAAGAAAAUUUGGCAAAUGAUGAAAUAUCGAAAAUUCCAAAAUUCAUUGAAAAAAUGCAGAAUAUAAAGAUGAAAAAUGAAGGAGAAGCGUUAACAUUGAAAUGCAAGGUUAACGGUGAACCGGAACCUGAAAUUCGAUGGUUACUGAAUGGAAAAGCUAUUACGCAGGAUGAUAGAAUCCGUAUUCGUACAUUUGGUGAUGGCGUAUGCAUAUUAGAAAUUAUUCAGUUGACCGCUGACCUUUGUGGUACUUAUACCGCAAUUGCGCAUAAUAUCUAUGGUGAUGCACAUGCUAAUGCGGAAGUAUCACUUGAGACUAUCGAUUUAUCAAUGAAAACAAUCAAAGAACCAUUCUUUGUGAUAGAACCGAUACGAGAUUUAGUGGUUGAAGAAGGCAAAGUUUUACGUAUUAUUUGUGAUAUCGAUGGUAAACCUCAACCAAAAGUGAAAUGGCUUAAAGAUCAUUCCCUGAUUAAGGAUGAUCGGUUUGCAAUUCAAAAUGAAGGAAUCAAUCAUCAGUUAACCAUCAGUUCUGUUUUACCUAGUGAUGAAGGUAUCUAUACAAUAGAAGCGGAAAACAAAAACGGAAAAAUUUUUGCUGAUAUUUUGGUGCACGUUAUUCCUAAAUUAGAAUCAGAAAGCAGAAAAGACAAGACUGGUUCAUCACAGCCUAGUAUUUCACUUAGUCAACCAUAUGCUACAGAAAUUAGCAAAAAUAGCCUACAGUUGAAAUGGACAACAUCCAAAGCUGAUGAUUCAAAAAUUGAAUAUAUUAUUGAGCAGAGAAGAUCUGAUGAUCAAACAUGGACACAAGUGGGUACAAGCAUGGAAACAGAGCUUCUGGUUAUCGGUCUGCAGUCCGGUACCGAAUAUAUUUUCCGUGUCGGUACUAAAAAUAAGAUUGGCCAAAUAGCAUAUUCAGUACCAUCAGCAGCCAUUAUGACACUUUUAUCAGGCCAGAAACCGAUUUUAAAAAAUAUUCCACCUGCAUUAUUGAUACUUAAUGAGAAGGAAGAUAUCAAGCUUAGCAUAGAAUUCGAAGGAGAACCAAAACCAUUUGUGAAAUGGUAUCAAAAUGGUGUCGAAUUAAUCGAUGGCAAGAAUAAUAUGACAAUAACAACUGACAAAUCUGGCAAGUCGAGUAAAUUAAUUAUCAAAAAACCGAAAGCAACUGUCCAUGCUGGACUCUAUUCAUGUCAUAUCGGAAAUGAAACCGGUGAAGUGGUUUCCGAAACACGUAUUAUCAAACAAGAAGAUGGAGUAACAGCUGACGAAAUAUCAGAUGAAAGGAAGAAUGAACUUUUCGAUGGACAACCACAAAUUGUGGUACCACUUUCAAAUGAGACUACUGCGGCAGGCCAACAGUUUAUUCUUAGCUGUGAAAUAAAAUCAUCACCAAAAGGUGUAAUAUCGUGGUUUAGAGAUGAUGAAAGAUUAGCAUCUAUUGGACGCUAUGAAAUGUUUGAGAAGGAUAAUGUUUACAAAUUAAUAUGUCAUAAUGCUCAAAGUAACGACAGUGCGACAUAUCGAUGUGUCGUAGCGAAUUCUAUUGGAAUUGCUCAAUCAUCGUGUCAGGUAAAUGUUGUAGCAUCGAUUCCACGUAUGGCACCCAAAUUUGAAGUACCAUUGACGGAUAAAACAGCUUUAGCUGGUAAAGAAGUAAAACUAAAAUGUCGCAUUCUCGGUGACCCUCAACCUCAGAUUGUAUGGAUGAAAGACGGUGCUAUGAUCAAUACAAAUCGCCGUCAAAAGCUUGAAUUCAUCGAGAAUGGCUGGUGUUCGCUCACAAUUUUCAACUGUACCGCGGAAGAUACUGGUUUCUACCUGUGCACAGCAUCCAAUGUGCUUGGCACCGAGAGUUCCCAUCUGAUGUUGACUGUCGCAGAAAUUGCUGGACCGGAUUCACAUCUAGUUACAGCGGAAAAUAAAGAAAUGCAGUACUGUAAGCCAAGAUUUACCCGUGUACCGGGUACAUCAGUCGAAACUACCGAAGGAUCGACGGUAAAACUAGUAAGUCGUGCUGUUGGCCUACCUAAACCGCUCAUUAAAUGGUUCAAAGAUGGAAAAGAGAUUACAAAAAUGAACCGUGCAUAUGAAAUAUUACUAACCGGAGAAGGUGAAUCGGUACUUACUAUACCGUAUGCAGUAACGAAAACAGCUGGUACAUUUAAAUGUGUUGCCGAAAAUUCAGAAGGCUCAGCAAGUUUCGAGACGCAGCUUAUUGUGCACACUCUUUUACACAAGCAAUAUCAAGAAGAACAAGCACCAAGUUUCACGAUGGAUUUGACAGAUGUUGGUGCUGCAAUUGGACAUCCGGUGACACUAAAAUGUCGUGUCAAAGGUAUUCCUGAACCUCAGCUUAAGUGGAUCUUUAUUAAUGAUGCACAACAAACAAUCAUAUUACGUACAACAAUUGAUUCUGCUUGGGCAGAAUAUCGGGAAGGUGAUACCUGUGAAAUGAAAACUGAAAGUAUUGUAAAAACACAACAAGGUACUUAUCAAUGUGUUGCGAGUAAUGAACAUGGAAGAGCAAUAACUCAAUGCUAUUUGUUAGUUGGAGAACCAUUUGAUGAACCAGCUGGACCACCACGUUUCUUAAAAUGUAUGCGUGAUAUAUGGACACCACUAGGUAGAGAUGUUGAAUUUGAAGUUGAAGUGAAUGGUUAUCCAUUACCAGAACUAACAUGGUAUCAUCUGGAUGAGAAAGUUCUUGAGGAAAAGAAUAUUCAGAUUUCAUAUAUUACUCCAACAAAAUGUCAAUUGAAAAUAACAAAUGUAAGUGUAUCCCAUCUUGGUAGCUAUUCUGUUGAAGCAUCAAAUAUUCAUGGCAUUGUACGGACAACUGCAUCGUUAAAUGUUGGUAAAAAACAUUCCGCAGUGGAACUUCCAAAACUUUCUGAAGAUUCGAAGAUAAAGUUUACAACAACUUUGCCACAAGAUCCGUUAUCGGAUAGAUCAGAAUUCCCCGCGACUAAAAUGCACAGAACUGCAAUCCGUCCGGAUAUAAAGCGAAAAGGUGCAGCACCGGCAUUUUUAAUCGGUUUAGAAGAUCUUGAAUUCCAUGAAGGUGAUGCAGCUGCAUUGGCUGGAACAGUCUCUAAAAAACGACGGCAUCGUAUUCAUGGUAGAUCGGAUGGGAAACGUAUUAAACAGCUUGUGACACUACGAGACAAAGAGAUUGAUGCUUCUGCUUCUAGCAGUUCGGUGGAACCACAGAGUGAAAUUACAACACUAGAAGAAAUUCGAGCAUCGAUUACUGAACGGAAUAAGAAUAUUUGUCGACCAAAAUUCAUGGUGAAACCGAAACUGAAGAAAUCAAUUACCGAGCAUAAAUCGCUUAGAUUGAAGACUGCUAUUUCUGCUAAUCCAGUACCAGUUGUACGUUGGGAUAAAGCCGGUAUUGUACUGGAAACUGGUAAUAAAUAUUCCAUUUACAAUGACGGUGACUUCUACUAUCUUGAGGUACAUCACAUGUCCAAGAUCGAUGAAGGCUUCUAUAAUUGUUCCGCUUGGAAUAGUGAAGGCUUUGUAACAUGUACCGCUGAAAUUGAAGUUACACCAGGUGAUGGGACAAAAAGACUUCGAAAGGGACUGGCAGCACCAUCUUUCAUUGAAGUGUUACCCGGUAAAUUUAAGGCGACAAAUGGUGAUCCGGUAUCGGUUGAGUGUAGUGUAUCAGGUUAUCCAGCUCCAACAAUCCAGUGGCUUCGAAACGGUGAUAUACUUGUACCUGAGCAUGACCGCUAUUUGAUAUCAUAUGAUGGUGAGACGACGACGCUAAAGUUCACUAGCAUUGCUACAUCAGAUGCUGGAAAAUAUGUUUGCAUUGCAAAAAAUCAAGAAGGUGAAGCUAAAACAGCAAUGCAACUUGACGUUGAACCAAAAAAGUUAUCUCCGACCGGUGGUACACCACCAAAAUUCCGUAUUGAUGGGCGACGAGAAGCAAUUAAAGCAGUUGAUGGUGAUAAAGUGGUUCUUCUUGCUGAAUUAAUGGAAGGUUCUGAACCGUUAACGAUAAGAUGGAUGCGUAAUAACAUGGAGAUUCAAGAUUCCACUGGAUUUGAAUAUUCACGCGAGGAAGCGAAUUGUUAUUUGACAGUAGCAGAUGCAUUUCCAGAAGAUGCAGGAGUAUACACCUGUGAAGCGAGAAAUGAAUUUGGCAUUGCUAAGUAUAACGUACGCCUUGUUGUUACAGAGCAUAGAAAGAAAAGUGGUUUGGAAAAUCCGCCUGUUAUUGUAAAUGCACCAACAAGUGUAAGCGUUGAGCAGGGUAAUGAUUUAAUAUUACCAGUAACGGUACGUGGAUAUCCUGAACCAGCAGUUAUAUGGACCAAAAAUAUGGUUUCAAUUGCUUCUGGUGAAAAAUAUCAGAUGGUGAACAACGGAGAAUUGUUCACAUUGACAAUUCGUAAUUGUACCAACGAAGAUCGUGGCAGAUACGAAUUGCAAGCAGUUAAUCUUUCUGGUACAGCUAAAGCAAUAAUUGCCGUUGAUAUUACUGAAAUUACAGAUCUGGAUGCUGUUAUGCCAAGAUUUACCAAAUUGCCAAUUUCGAUUCAAAGUGCAAUCGGACAGAAAGCGAGCUUAACUUGUAGCUUUAAAGGUUUUCAACCAACAGUAACAUGGUUUCAUGAUGACAAGAAAUUAGUAAAUGGACGGCAUGGUAUUGAAAUUUCAUCAACAGCAACAACAUCAACUUUGUCAAUUUUACAACUAGCGAAUGAACACCUUGGUGAAUAUCUUUGUGCAGUACGUAAUCAAUAUGGAGAAGAUUUAGCAAAAGCAGUUAUCUUUCUUGAAGGUUCAUCAGUGGCGCUAUCUUUGUUAAAUGAUCAUUAA